CGUCGUGUGUAAACCCAGCCGGAGCGCGUGCUGCCUGCGGCACUUGAACUGAAACGGCGAGCGGCGUGUGCUCUGCCGGCGGUUGGGGUCUCCAAGCGUCUCCAUCCAGUACUCCUGGUGAUAAAGAUCUUUCCUUCUGCGUCGCAGGCCAAAAGUUUGAACCCCACGCCAUGGUGGUGGACUCCAUUUUCGCAGACUUCAGGCUUGACCCGAAAAGCGACUUGUAUCUCUUCCAAACCCUCGGCGUAGGGGGGGACGUCCUGCGCAUAGGAUGCCACCCGCGCGGGACUGGGCACAGAGACGACGGCGACCUCUCCGUCGCCCUGAGGCUGCAGAGCAAAUCCAGGAGCGUCAAGGCCGAAUUCGAGGCCUUCCUGGCGGGCGGAGACGACGGCGCACCACCGCUCAAGGCAAAGCGGUCCACGUUUACGCAGGAGAAGACCCCCGAUGACCACGACGGCGUCGACGUCCAUGGCUGGUUCCAUUUCAUGCGGGGCGACGUAGACUCGCUUUUCGCGGCGCACGGCGCGGCCACGCUGGUGUGCGGGGCCGUGCUUGUGCGCGGCGACGACCCCGUCCCCGUCCCGGCGUCCGACAUGGGCGACCACCUCGGGCGCCUGCUCGACCGCGCCGACGGCUCGGACGUCUCCUUCUCGGUCGCCGGCGAGACGUUCCGCGCGCACCGGGCCGUCCUCGCCGCCCGCUCGCCGGUGUUCAGGGCGGAGCUCUUCGGGUCCAUGGCGGAGGCCGCGAUGCCAUGCAUCACCCUGCACGACAUCGAGCCGUCGACGUUCCGACUUCUGCUUCGGUUCGUGUACAUGGACCGGCUGCCGACGGACGAGGAGCUUCCAAGCUCUUCGGAGACGACCGAGCUGUUCCAGCGUGUGCUUGCGGCGGCCGACCGGUACGAUCUGGGCAGACUGAAGCUCCUCUGCGCCCAGAAGUUGUGGGAGAGCGUGUCGGUGGAGACGGUCGCUACUACUUUGGGUUACGCUGAAAUGCAUAGCUGCCCGGAGCUGAAGAAGAGGUGCCUCGACUUCUUCAUGGCGGACAAGAACUUCAAGAAGGUGGUGGUCACCGACGGCUACUUCUGGCUCAUCGGACGCUUCCCCUCCAUUAUUUAUGAUAUAAGAGCACGGGUUGAUGAGACUUGAUUCACGCCAAUAUUCAUUCUAGUCUUGUGCUGAGUCGACUGUUGCAACAAUUCUUCUUCGAGAUGUGCAACAUUUUAUUUUUGUGCUGCAACAUAUCAGAGAAAGCAUCAUAUAUAUUCACAGAAAAA